CUCUAUCCAGAGAAAGCCAUCCGAUCAUCCCUCCACCCAAAACCGAGGGGGCGAGAAGGAAUUCAACCAAUCCUCCACCACGGUGAAAGACAACAAUAGGAGAGAAAAGAAAAGCAAGGCUGGGGGCAAUGGGCGCGAUAAGGGCAGCCGUGGGCGAUGCCGUGAUUACGUUCCUGUGGAUGUUCUGCGUCUCCACCGUGGGCGCCCUCACCGCCGUCAUCGCGUCGGCCCUGCAGGUCCAGGGCGUCGCCUACUCCCUCCUCAUCACCACCACCCUCAUCUUCCUCCUCCUGCUCGUCUUCAAUCCCAUCUGCGAUGCCAUCGGCGGCGCCAGCUUUAACCCUACCGCGACGGCCGCCUUCUACGCCGCCGGCUUUGGGGAGGACAACCUUGUCUCCAUGGCUCUCCGCUUCCCAGCCCAGGCGGCCGGGGCGGUGGGUGGUGUGUUGGCUAUCGCAGAGUUGAUGCCUCCUCAUUAUAAGCACACGCUGAGCGGGCCUUCUUUGAAAGUGGGCCUGCACACGGGGGCAGCCGCGGAAGGGGUCCUCACCUUUUGCAUCACCUUGGCUGUUCUCUGGAUAGUGAUCAAGGGUCCCAGCAGCGCGUUCGUGAAGACUUGGUUGCUCGCUGUAACAACUGUGGCCUUCGUUCUUGCAGGUGCUGGUUACACGGGGCCAUCCAUGAACCCUGCCAAUGCAUUUGGCUGGGCAUACAUCAGCCACCGCCACAAUACAUGGGAACAAUUUUAUGUCUACUGGAUAUGCCCUUUCAUUGGUGCCAUUCUGGCUGCUUGGGUUUUCAGGGUUCUCUUCAUGCCAAAGGUCAAGGCUAAAAAAGCAUGAGAUUAAAUAGAUGAAGCUGGACAGUUAUUUUUUGAUGCUCUAGUGAAAUAAACCGGUUAGACUAUGGCGGCUGGAGGUCAUACUGCAUCUCUGCUUUUCAUUUUUGUUGAACUCUCUUUAGUCUAUUUUUUUGUUGGAGUAAUAUCAAUAUUAAAUAUUAUUUCAACCUUCGUAGUUAUGUCUUUUGUUUAUUGGCUGAUGUAAACUUAAAAGAGGUUGGUUUUAGGACGCUACCUUGGUCAGGCAGUUCAAGCAUGAUACAUGCGUGUCCCGAAAGAUUAAUACCCAUUACUUGCAUUUUGUGCCUUGUUUAGGAGGGGCAGAGUUUAGGCCCGGCUGUUGGUUUUCAAUUUCUGUUUUUUGCUUUCAAAAACACAAACAUCUGAACUUAAAAAAUUACUUGGCAGA